UGAUCUGAGGGCGCCGCUGUGACCCGGAAGUAGUUCUGAGAGGUCGGGGCAGCAAGAUGGCGGCGCGGUCAGCGGUUGUGUCUGUUUGCCGGCGCCUGUGGCAGGACUUGGGGAAUUUUCCCAUAAAUGGUUUUAAGGGCAGUGCAACCAAAAAUGGGGGUUUUCUUCUCAGUACCAAUAUGAACUGGGUACAGUUUUCAAACCUACACAUGGAUGUUCCUAAGGAAUUGACCAAACCUAUGAUAACCGUUUCUGAUGAACCAGACACAUUGUAUAAGCGACUGUCCAUUUUAGUAAAAGGCCACGAUAAGGCCGUAUUGGACAGCUACGAGUAUUUCGCCGUGCUUGCUGCUAAAGAACUCGGGAUCACUAUUAAAGUACACGAGCCUCCAAGGAAGAUAGAGCGAUUCACGCUUCUCAAAUCCGUGCACAUUUUCAAGAAGCACAGGGUUCAGUAUGAAAUGCGGACUCUCUACAGGUGUUUGGAGUUAGAGCGUCUGACUGGAAGCACAGCGGAUGUCUACUUGGAGUAUAUUCAGCGAAACUUACCUGAAGGGGUUGCCAUGGAAGUAACAAAGACACACUUAGAACGGCUACCAGAACACAUCAAGGAGCCGAUCUGGGACACAGUACCGGAGGAGAAAGGAGAAAGCAAGUCAUGAAGCCUGGGCCUUUGAGGGGCGGGCGGGCCCGACGUGUGUGUGCACAGUGAGCGCUUCCUGCUGGCGGACUCUGAGUCUGCUCUGUCCGCAGGCCUGCUGCGGGGGAGCGGGGAUGGCGCCCGGGGCAGACUUGGUGGGGGCAGGACCACCUCGGCUGUCCUUUUACACGGACGUGUGUUUGUUUCAGCUCUGACCUUAACAAACAUGAGCAAACCACUUUGACCAUAAACUGUGUCUCUGACUGUGCUGCUCUUCAGUUAUAAGUUUAUGCCAGUUUCGGUUUCUUUGUCUGCAAAUGAGUGUUUGGAAAAUUCUUCACACAUCUUUGUGUGUACUGUAGCACAUCAGACCUUUGAAGUGCCUGGAAGGACGUUUUGAUUAAUUUCACAUAGAUCAGGUACGGUUUCUGGUAGAUCGCUUCUUGGCCUUUUGGCUAAGGUCAAGUGCAGAUUUUGGUGUAUGCCUCGUGCAGGCUGGCAUUUGCUAAUUUAGGGCAGUGAACAAACAUUACCUUUUUUAAGCAUCACAUUUUUUAAAGUGAAUAUACUUUGCAGUGGGUGAAAUGCAUUUGUGACAUACCCUGACUUUUUUUUUUUUUUUUUUAAGAUUUAUUUUUUUAAAGAGCAACAGAGAGAGAAAAAGAGGUCUUCCAUCUGCUGGUUCGCUCCCCAAAUGACUGCAAUAGCCAGAGCUUAGCCAGGAGCCAGGAACUCCAUCUGAGACUCCCACAGAAGUGGCAGGGCCCCAAGCACUUGAGCCAUCUUUCACUGCUUUCCCAGGUGCAUUAGCAGGGAGCUGGAUUGGAAGCAGAGCAGCCAGGACUUAAACCAGCACUCUGAUAUGGGUUGCCAGUGCCACAAGUGGUAAUUAACCUACUGUAGCACAUCAGACCCCACACUGACCUCUUGUUGUCCAAACCCUUAUAGAGCUGUUUACGGGGACAUUAUCAUGGAAUUUAUGCUUUCAAGAAAUGAGUACUUGUAUCAUUUCAUUCAUCCUGUGAUUCAUACAUUCAUCAAGCUUUCAUUUGAUAAACUUUACAUCCCAAACAAAAAUUAAAUAGAAAUAAUAGUGUUUAGCCCCACUAGAUGUCACUGCUUCCACUUGAUGUCACUGUGUGCAGGGUGGUUCCAUAGGCUCAGAGUGGCGAGGGUGGCAAACUGAGGGCUGGCUCCGUCACUCCCACGCUGUGUGACCUUGGCCAGGUUCCUUAUGCUCCCAGGCCCCAGUUUCCCGUGUCAAGCACUUGCUGUUGGUUUCUGAGUCUGUUCCUGGCUCAGAACUGCCCCAGGGCUACUGGAGAGAAAACCGGGCUGUCUGGCUGUGCCAGCCUCUGGAGGGAGGGGAGCAUGUGUCAGAAAUUCCAAGGGCCAGUGUGGCAUUGCAAAGACAGUGCCCUGAGGAAACAGGCACAGGCCCUGGGGGAGGUGUUAACAGAUCUGCUCCCUUCUUCAUGUUAGGAUCGCUGUGGUUAUUGCAGUGUGGGGGCCAUGUGGUCCAAAUCCAGUUUGGCAGUGUGGAGGGGACCAAGAGGUCCAGUCCCAACAAGGUGAUGUUCUGAGAAGGGGGGAGUCCUACCUGGGCCUCUUACCUUGCCAGGGACUCUCCCCCUCGGUGGCAGGAGGAGGAUAUGGUCCCUGUGAUGGGAAGAGGGUUAGGGAGGCAGGAGCACUGAGAUGGCUCAGAGAGCUGGGGAGGGGAGGGUCAGGCCGCACGGGGGCUGCUGAGUGGCCUCUGAGGGCUGCGGGUGAGAGCUUGGCCCGUGAGCAGAAGACCUGAAAUGUCCCCUUCCCCAGUUAGAAGCCAUCUGUCUGGGAACUACUAUUUCAGCUUUUCUGCCUCAGGAGGAAGACUCCGUGAUUAUUAUUAUUAUUAUUAUUAUUAUUAUUUUUUUGGACUUUGAUGGUAUAAUGAGGUUUUUGUUCUUGCUUAGAAUUGCCACCUUACAAAGCCUCAUGUGUGAAUUAAUACGGACAGAGUGAUGAGCACAGGGCAGGCACACAACACAAGGUAGUUCAGAGGCCAGCAUUACAGCACCGCAGGUUAGAUUGCCACUUGGAAAAUGCCAGCUUCCCAUAUUUGGUGCUGCUUCCAGGCCUGGCUGUUCCACUUCCCAUCCAUCUUCCUGCUCAUGUAACUGAGAAGGGGAAGAUGGCCCAAGUACCCCUGCCACCCAUGAGGGAGACCAGGAUGGAGUUCCUGGCUCGUGGCCCAGACCUGCUGGCUGUUGGAGCCAUUUGAGGUAUACACCAGUGAAUAGAAGAUUCUCUCUCUCACUUUGCCUUCCAAAUAGAUAAUUUUUUAAUGAAACAAAUGAUGAUGCUUUAAAAUUGUACACAGCACAGAUAGCUGGUUUUCCAGGUGAAGUUUCUCGCUCUUUCUUUUGCUAAAUCCUGCUGGUUUUGUGCGGCAUGUCUGCUUGCCCAUGAUUAAGCAGCAGUCAGCGUCCUAACGAAGGCCAGACUACAACAGCUGGCCCAGCAGCCCCCAGGGACGCUCCGCUCCUUACAGCAGAGUGGGGUCCGGUCUUCUGUGACGGCCGUCACAGCUCUGGGGAAGUUAUGCUUCUCGGUGCGCCCUUCAAUCUGCCUGUUCUCUCUUCCUGACCUGUGGCCGAGCUUCCCUGUUAGCAGUGCCUGCUGUUUAUGGAGUGGACGUGCCCCCAAGUCCUGGGUUGUUAGCACAGAGUGGCAGCCUAGAGCCCCCCGCCCUCUUCAGCCUGGUGGUUGACUGUGUCAUUCACUGCUGCCUAAAGCAUUUUUAUCCCAGGCAUAAACCUCGGGAUUAAGAACUAGGCAGUAGGGGCUGGCACAACAGUUAAGCCAUGGCCUGCAGCACCAGCAUCCCAUGUGGGAACAGGUUCAAGUCCUGGCUGUUCCACAUCCAAUCCAGCACCCUGCUUGUUAAUGUGCCUGGGAAAGCAGAGGAAGGUGGCCCAAGUCCUUGGGUCCCUGUACCCAAGUGGGAGACCUGGAAGAAGCUCCUGGAUCCUGGCUUCAACUUGACCCAGCCCCAGCCAUUGUGGCCGUUUGGGGAGUGAACCAGUGAAUAGAAGAUUCUUAUUUCUCUCUCUCGCUCUCCCCUGCUUCUCCCCUCCCCUUCUCUUUAUGUAAAUCAGCCUUUGAAAUAAAUAAAUAAAUAACUCUUUUUAAAAACUAGACAGUAAAACAAUGGUGUGUGUGUGUGUGUGGCAAAGCAGCAGUUUGUGACAGCUUUUUAGUUUUUUGGUUCUUUAAAACAAAUGUAGACCCACAUUUAAGUGUUCUGGGGCUUUGUUGCAGACAACAUAAAUCACUGUAGUAUCAGGAUGGCAUAUGUGAGCUGUGAGCUUCAGGGAUGUGUACAUCCACUGUCAGCGGUUUUCAGACUAACCAGUAGCACUUCAAGUUACAUAUUAAAAUCAUGUUUUAAGAUGAGUAUGCAAAUAAACCACCACUUGACAAAAACUAGCAACAUUUCUUUGACAAAAAACAUUUGGCAGGGCCAUGCUAAAGCCUCCUGCAGUGCCAGCAUCCCACAUGGGCGCUGGUUCAAGUCCUGGCUGCUCUACUUCCGAUCCAACUCUCUGCUGUGG